AUGUCUUUAUAUUACAGCCUCAUUUUUGGUAUCCUAGUUUUAGAGAUUGUUUUAUUUACUCUGUUAGCAUUGCCUAUUCCAACUAAGUUUCGUAAACCAUUGACAUUGGUGCUAUUAAAACCGUUUAAGAAUAGUAACGUUCAAGUGGCAAUAAAAUGUAUUUUAGGUUUUAUUCUAUUGUUAUUUAUUGACUCCAUUAAUAAAGUUUACAAUAUUAAUAAAGAAUUAGCUAUAGAAGUCACACAGGGCCAUCAAAGGAUUGAACUUUUAUCAAGAAAAUUCUUUCAACAGAGAAAUCUAUAUUUGACAGGGAUCACAUUAUUCUUAACAUUUAUUGUGACAAAAACUUUUGCAUUGGUUAAUGAAUUGUUAAAUUUAAAAGCAAAAUAUAGAAAAGAUGAUCACAAAGAUGAAGAAGAAUUGACAAAGGAAGAAUUAGAAAUUUUAAUUAAGGAAAAAGAAGAUAAGAUAAAGGAUUUGAAAGAAAGAGCAGAAGCGUUGGAAAAGAAUUCUAAAGAUUUAUAA